AGUUCCGUCUACCAAAGGCUCAGGCUUGGCUCCCAUGCCCAAAACAUCCUCUGUUUUUGGCCAUGGCUUCUCUGGCGUGGCCAAACUCACCAUGUCGGUUCCCUCGCCCUCCGGAAUCGACUGCGACCUCUGCUUCCAGGGGGAGUUCCUAAGCUCGGCAUGGGAGGCUGAGAAACCGCAUCACCCGGGCCUGGUGGUGAAGGCCAUGGAGGGUAUGGGGGCCUCCUGGACCAUGGCAAACCUCAUGGCGGAGGAAGCCGCGGGCAUCGCCCUGCGGGUCUUUUUGCUGGACAACUCUGGAUCCACGCAAUCCCCGGAUGGCCAUGUGCUGCAGUCCGAUCCACACUACCAGGCCAGCCGAGUCUUGGUGCCGGCGAGCCGCUGGGACGAGAUCGCGGCGAUGGCGCUGGACCAGGCUGAGUGGAACGCUGCCAGUGGGGUGAGGUGCGAGUUCGUGCUGCUGAACCCGCCCAGCUCGAGCCCCCAGGAGGGCCGCGACUAUGUUACCAUCGACGCGGCCUUGGGCAACACAAAGUCCCAGGUGGCGCAGCUCGCGCAGCUGCUGAAGAAGAAUCCCCCAAGGGGCGCCACCCCGCUGGCCGCGAGGCUGCGGCAGAUCGCCGCGCGACUGCGGAGGGAGGUGAAGGACGGCGGGCGCAUCAUGCUCUCCGUGGUCACGGACGGCAUCCCCACGUCCCAUCUGCAUGAUGCGAAGUCUGAGUUCAUGCAGGAGCUGCGAAAGUUUGCCAGCGAGUUCAACACGUUCAUGGUGAUCCGGCUUGCCACCGACGAAAAUGAUGUCGUGGACUAUUACAACCGCAUCGACGAGGAGCUGGAGCUGCCGCUGGACAUCUUGGAUGACUUGGCGGGGGAGGCCAAGGAGUUGAAAGACUGCGGCAACGGGUGGUUCGCCUACACGCCCUUGUUGCACCGCAUCCGGGAAGGCGGCACCCUGGCGAAGCUCUUCGACCUGCUGGACGAGCGCCGCCUGCAGCUCCCGGAGAUCGCCCAGUUGCUGGAGCUGCUGUUCCGGGGACCAGAGGACCCUCCGUUCCCCCGCAACGCUUCGGAGCUCUACACGCUGGCGGAGGCGAAGUGCUACGCAUCCGCAACGGUGUUCAACGGCCGCUGCCAGCGCAUGACCCUGCCCUUGGAUCUGAAGGAGUUGAAGAAAGCAUUGGGCCUCACCACGGCGCAGAGAAUUCGCAAGCACGUUCUUCGGGCUCUUUGUUGCUCGGGCAACCUGCCCCCCUGAAUUGGUCACGUGCGCGCGCGUGUUCAGCUUAUGAACUGUUUGAGUCCCGCGCGUGGUCUUAUCAUUACUUCUCCAACUCCAGACUGGAA